AUGUUGCACAAUUCCAAUGCUGAGGAAAAACUUUCCACAAUAAUUAAUAGAAAUAGUGGAAAAAGAAAAUCGCUUAUUCUUGAUGAUGAAUAUUAUGACAAGGAACCACUGCAAGGAUUGGAAGAUCAAUAUGUGAAUGUGACCAACCAUCAUAAUCAAAAACAGCUCAAUUCCGACAAUAUUAAUUAUUCCGAGUUCGAAUCGUCCGAAAGUAUGCUUGAGAGGUUUGAAAAUGGCCAAGCUAGCUUAGAACCACUUAUGAUAAAAUUGGAUCAGAUUAACAAUGCAGCACGUAACAGAAUCAGGCAAAAAAAAAUAAACGAUGAUAAACUUCAAACAGACUCUUCGUCAAACAAAGCAAGUAAAGAUAACUUCAGGUCUAGAUUUGGAGACGUCAAAUUCUUCUCUGCACUGACUACUAUUUUUGAUUCGGCGACUUUUAAAAAUUCAGAAUUCUACGGACUCUACUUACUUUUUUGGAUAGGCACAGGAUUUCUUAUGGCAAACAACAUUAUUCAUUCGUACAUUGAAACAGGCGAUAAUUUUUUCGAAACUGCAGUUAUGAGAACCAUGAGGAAAGAUUUGGUGAAAAUUGGUCUAACUGAUUUAGCGAUGUACAUCGGCACAUAUUUUGCAUUUCUUGUUCAAUACGCUUGCCUGAAAGGCUGGAUUGCAUGGCAUUCAACUGGUUGGAUUAUCCAGAGUAUUUAUAGUUUUACACAUUGCGCCUUCUCGAUCUAUUUUGCAUCUGAUAUGUGUAUGUCUUAUCCUUGGAUUGGAAAAGUGUUCCUAAUAUUACACAAUUUAGUAUUGAUUAUGAAGAUGCAUUCCUAUGCCUUUUAUAAUGGAUAUUUAUGGAAAAUAUUGGAAGAGUUGGAGUUCUCGGAAAACUACCUAGAAAGAUUAAAUAAUAGUCUGGUUCAAUUGCCACAGAAUUUUGAGUUGGAAAAAACGAAAAGCAUUUUAGAUGGGAGUGUUCGCUUUUGUAAGUUUGAAUUGGAAUAUCAAUCAAGUGCAACUACCAUGUCGAGCGAGUCUCCAAUAGAAUCUUUCGAUUUGGAAGAUGAUAUUCAUGAUUUGCAAGAAAAGAAUAUAGUUAAAUUUCCUCAGAAUAUUAACUUGUUUAAUUUCUUUGAGUACUCUAUGUUCCCAACCUUAGUCUACACGUUGAACUUCCCGCGUACACGUAGGAUCAGAUGGCACUAUGUUUUGAAAAAGAGUUGCGCUAUUUUUGGUCUUAUAUUGCUUAUGAUCUUAGUGGCUCAAGACUGGAUAUACCCUAUUUUAGUACGUGCCAUGGAGUUACAAGGUUUACCCACCGAGGAAAAACGAACUCGCUGUGUGCCUAUCUUCCUCGAUAUGAUUCCCCCUUUCAUCUGGAUUUAUCUUUUAACAUUCUUUUUGAUCUGGGAUGCAAUCCUCAAUACCAUUGCUGAGUUGAGUCGCUUUGCAGAUCGGGAUUUCUACGGACCAUGGUGGUCAAGCGCUGACUGGGGAGAAUACUCAAGAAUCUGGAAUCGUCCUGUCCAUAAAUUCCUACUCAGACAUGUGUACCAUUCAUCCAUCAGCUCAUUUAAUCUCAGCAGAUAUAAAGCCAUGCUUUGUACAUUUAUUUUCUCCAGCAUAAUGCAUGAAUUAGUUAUGUAUAUAAUCUUCAAGCGUUUGAGAUGCUACAUAACAUUGUUACAAAUGUCUCAAAUUCCUCACAUCGCCUUGAGCAGUACUAAAUUUAUGAAAGAUAGAAGAAGAUUUGGUAACUUUAACUCUUUAUUUGGCUUGGUCUUAGCCCCAGGUCUUGUCUGUACCCUUUAUUUAGUAUUUUAA